AUGUUGACCUUACCGUUUGAUGAGCCAGCAAUGAGGCCAGGGACCGGGACCCAGUUUGGGGCCAACUUCCCUCUAGACUGCGUGCGCGAGAUCAAGGUCAGUAAACAAGAACCUUUCCUAAAAGCAGCCGAUACCAUCUCCAUCUCCCAGACCCACAUCAAAACCACGGAGGAUGAGUUAGACUCGGAGAGGGAUGAGGACGAGAGAGAGGAGCUAGGCCAAGAAGACGAGGACGUGGACGGUUUACCAGGAAGGAGGAGAGGCCCACGUAAAAAGAAGAUGACCAAGGGGCGCGUGGACAGGGUGAAGAUUCGGCGCCAGGAGGCCAACGCGCGCGAGCGGAGCAGGAUGCACGGGCUGAACGACGCGCUGGACUGCCUGCGCAAAGUCGUGCCCUGCUACUCCAAGACGCAGAAGCUGUCCAAGAUUGAGACUCUCCGACUGGCCAAGAACUACAUCUGGGCGCUGUCGGAGAUCCUCAGCACCGGCAAGAGACCCGACCUAUUGGCAUUUGUUCAGGCGCUCUGCAAGGGACUGUCUCAGCCAACCACCAACUUAGUGGCGGGCUGUCUCCAGCUCAAUGCCAGAAAUGUCAUCACGGACCACAACGGAGAGACAUCUUUCACUGGUAGGUCCCCAUUCGACGCUAUGUACCCUGCGCCUUAUCACAGUUCCACCGAGGCUGUAGCGUCUUCAGGCCACGGCAGCAGCACCAUGGACAGCGCCAAACCUUUCAGACCAUUUAGCUCCUACUGCAGUGCCUACGAGUCCUUCUACGAGAGCACGUCCCCAGAAUGUUCGAGCCCUCAAUUCGACAGUGGUGCUCUGAGCCCUCCAAUCAACUUUAACGGGAUAUUCUCCCUAAAGCACGAGGAGCCAGCGGACUAUGGAAAGAGCUGUCAUUACGGUAUGCGGUACUGCGCGGCGGUGGCGGGUCGCAACUCCAUCGGUCAGAACUCAAUGUCACGGGGGUCCUCUGACAUCCGGGAUAUCCAUGUCCCCUAUGACAUCCACCUCCGCAGCCAGUUCUACCCAAUGCAGGAGGAACUAAACACGCCCUUUCAUAAUUGA